AUGCGGCGGCUUGCCGGCCUGCGUAUGCACAUGGCUGCCUCGCAUACAAUAGGCGCUGACGUCGGUGGAUGCGUUUCCACUGCACCUCAUUACAGGUCGCCCGAUACGACACAGCAUAACCAAUUACUACUGGCCAUGGAAGAAUGUGGUAUCAGUGGUCCCAUCAAUAGAUUUUUCCACAAUUACCUCAAAGAAAGGUCAAUGUAUACGGUUGUUAACGGGAUAAGGGGAGCAGAGGCGGGUGUAGUGCUCGGUGUGCCAACCGACUCAGUGUUCGGGCCGGUUGGGUACAUCAUGCACGUAAAUAGUGUGGUCAACGUGGUCGAGAAUUGUAGGGUGUACAUGUAUGCAGACGACAUGUGCUUGUUGGUGGCUGGCAGAGAUUUGAAGAGGAUGGAAAGAUUGAUGCAGAAUGAUUUUGAUCGAGUGGUUCAAUGGGCGCAUGAUAACGGCAUACUAUUAAAUAUAGCGAAGACAAAGGCUAUGCAUAUAUAUUCACCCUACAAUAGGAAUGCAAAGAAGGCUGCAAUACAGGGGGUCUGA